GUGUUUGACUCUCCCGAAGAUUUCUACAGCGACGCUAAGCUUCUUCUCUCUGACGGCCGGGAAGUUUCUUUCCACCGGUGCGUUGUCUCAGCGAGAAGCCCUUUCUUCAAGAACGCUUUAGCCGCAGCCGCCAAGAAGGAGAAUGAUUCCAACGCAGCCAUCGUGAAGCUCGACCUUAAGGAGAUUGCUAAGGAUUACGAAGUCGGCUUCGAUUCGGUUGUGACAGUUCUUGCUUAUGUUUACAGCAGCAGAGUGAGGCCACCUCCAAAGGGAGUUUCUGAAUGCGCUGACCACAGUUGCUGCCACGUGGCUUGCCGGCCUGCCGUUGAUUUCAGGUUGGAGGUUCUCUACUUGGCUUUCAUCUUCAAGAUCCCUGAACUAGUUACUCUGUAU